CGGCGCGGGGAGCGGUGGCGGCAGCAGCGCUCGGAGAGCUCCAGCGGCAGCACCGGGGAAUCCCUCGCCGAUCCCCUCGCCGGUUCCCUACCGAUCCCCUCGCCGGUCCCUCAUCGAUCCCCUCGCCGGUUCCCCACCGAUCCCUUACCGGUCCCUCGCCGGUCCCUCUUCGCUCAUCCCUCGCUCCGCGUACCGCUCCAAGCCCCAUGACUCUGAACCGCGGCGACAAGCGGCGCGGCAGCACGCCGUUCGCGGCGCAGCAGCACCUGCACCGCCGCAGCAUGCCCGUGGACGAGCGCGACCUGCGGGCGCUGCCGCCCGAGGAGCUGUCGGGCUUGGUGCGCUGCACCUCGUACAGCCCGGGCGGCCAGCACCGCCAGAGCUGGGCCUCCGACUCCUCCGACUCGGUCAUCUCGUCGGGCAGCGACUCGGACGGCAGCCUCUACAAGGUGAUGCUGCUGGGCGAGCACGGCGUGGGCAAGACCAGCCUGGCGCGCAUCUUCGGCGGCGUGGAGGACUGCGCGGACGCGGAGGAGGCUGGAAAUACGUACGACAGAUCGAUUGUAGUUGAUGGGGAAGAAGCGUCUCUCGUGGUGUUUGAUAUAUGGGAGCAGGAUGACAGCCAAUGGCUCCAGAACCACUGCAUGAAAAUGGGAGAUGCCUAUAUUAUUGUAUACUCAGUGACAGACAAAGUUAGCUUUGAAAAGGCUUCUGAGCUACGAAUCCAGCUGAGAAGAGCAAGGCAGACAGAGGACAUUCCUAUUAUCCUUGUGGGAAAUAAAAGUGACUUGGUCAGAUCCCGGGAGGUCUCAGUUGAUGAGGGCCGGGCCUGUGCCGUGGUGUUCGACUGCAAGUUCAUCGAGACGUCGGCGGCGCUGCACCACAACGUGCAGGACCUGUUCGAGGGCAUCGUGCGGCAGAUCCGGCUGCGCAGGGACAGCAAGGAGGACAACGCGCGCCGCAUGGCCAACGCCAAGCGCAGGGAGAGCAUCAGCAAGAGGGCCCGCCGCUUCCUGGGCAGGAUCGUGGCCAAGAACAACAAGAAGAUGGCGUUCAAGGCCAAGUCCAAGUCCUGCCACGACCUGUCUGUGCUAUAGGAGCCCUCAGGGGCUGCCCGCGGGACGGCAGGAGCGGACGGUCCUGCUGGCGAUACCCGCCCUGACUCCUCACUGAGACUCUCCUUGAUGCCUUAAGGUGCCCAAGCGAGGCUGGAAGUCACACUGCAGUGCUUCAUUGAUACGUGGUUUAAGUUUCAGUGUGUGCAAGUAAACGAACUAACUUGAAACGUGAGGCUUGACACGCCCACCUGUACCUAUGUUCUAUAUCCUCUUCUCUUGUGGCUGCCAGAGAUGCAAAGAUGAGGAAGGAUAACUGUCACCACAGACUUGUCUCGUUUGCAGAGCAAAACUUAAACUUGUACGCAGGCUCGUACACUCUUUUUAGUAUAAAGCAAGCAAUGAUGAACCUUUUUAAACUUAAAUGUGGGGAGGGAGGAGUAGAACCACAGUAGAAUGGGAGAAAAAUUAUAUAUAUAUUUAAAUACAGAACAGAUAUCAUUUUAUGAAGUUUAUUUGCACUUCCAUUAACUGUUAUUCAAUUAAUUGGUUACUUGUUUACAUGCAGAUUUUAUAAUAAAAUAUUAUUUCCUGUUAUAAUAAACAGUGCUUUUCUCAUAGUGUGGCUAAAGAAUGAGAGAGCAGUAUUUUUAUACUGACCUUUUUCCACUGCACAAAAUGUCAUACGCAGACUGAAGACUUACAUGUGAUAAAGUUCUGG